AUGCUCCUCCUGGUCCUCACCCUGGUGGGGCUCGCCCCGCACCACUGGUGCAGCCGGCCGGCGGAGCUCUCCACCAUCAUCCGCUCCGGCACGGUGCACGGACCGCGAGCGAUCCAGGAGCGGCUGCGACACAUGAUCUCGAUCGUUGAUGUCGACCUCUCGCCCGACCUGAGCAACGCACGCGUCAAGGUGUCCAUCAUCGGCGAGCGCAAGGACAAGAUCAGCGCGAUCCGGUGGCUGCAGUCGUCGGCCGGUCCGAUCCGGCACGUGAUGGCGCAGGAGCUCAAGGAGAUGCGCCGCGUGCCGCGCCUCUCCUUUGUGCACGUCGACGUCUCAAAGGCGGUCGACGUGAUGGUGCGGCUCGACCGGCUGGCGGAGGAGAGAGAGCGGCAGGGCGGCGCGGACCUGCUCGACGACGGGCUCGACUUUGGCGCGUCGGACGAGGACGCGUUUGGCGUCGGCGGCGGGGACGAGCAUGGCCUCUGGGCCGUGGCCAAAAACGACGUCGGACGAGCUCCUGUUAUCUGGGCUUUUUCGUUUUUGAUCACAUAA